UCUGCCGUCUAUAUGCCUUCUUCUCCCUUAGAUUCCCAAACACCUCAACUCAUCCAUUUUUUUGUGGUCUUAGUUCAUCCAAAUUAAGAAAAGAUGAUGAAAUAUAUCUGCAAAUACCUCUUUUGCGUCUCGAUUGACAACCAACCUAAGACCAGCUCAAGCAGGCAGAGAGACUAUCCGUGGGAUAUCUACACACUCAAAGACCUGGUCCACGCCACGAACAACUUUCACAACGAUAACAAAAUCGGUGAAGGAGGAUUCGGUAGCGUUUAUUGGGGCCGAACAAGUAAAGGAGUCGAGGCAAUUUUUUCGUUUCGUCUCUUAAAAAUUGAAACGUACUUGCAUCACGAGGCGAAGCCUCACAUCAUACACAGAGACAUAAAGGCGAGCAACGUGCUUCUAGACUCGGAAUUCGAUGCCAAGGUAGCGGAUUUUGGAUUCGCGAAGCUGAUACCGGAAGGGGUGAGUCAUCUGACCACGAGGGUGAAAGGAACCCUAGGGUACCUAGCGCCGGAAUACGCCAUGUGGGGGAAGGUUUCUGAGAGCUGCGACGUGUACAGCUUCGGGAUCCUGCUCCUCGAGAUCAUCAGCGCUAGGAAGCCCCUGGAGAAGCUCCCCGGGGGUGUGAAGCGCGACAUCGUGCAGUGGGCCACACCGUUUCUCGACAAGGGAGCGUUCGAGCAGAUAGCCGACCCUAGGUUAAAGGGCAGGUUCGACCGGGACGAGCUCAAGAGAGUCAUCGCCAUCGCCCUCCGGUGCACGGAUGCGGAGGCGGAGAAUAGGCCGAGCAUGGUGGAGGUGGUGGCGUGGCUCAAGGGCGGAGUUGGGAGUAGGAGGAGGGAGGUACGGAAUCACAAAUAUAGUACGGAGGAUGAAUAUGACGAUGAUGGUCGAGUCAAUGAGGUGGAGACGCCGUCGUAG